AUGAACCUUCCGAUGGUCGAACCCUCAGUUGCCAACUUCAAUGCUGAGAGAGCGCAUGUAAUGGUAUCCCCACCAGCAAUUCCAGAAAUGGAGACAGGAAACAGCGGCUGCAUCUACUGUCUGACGAAAGUUCUGCACCCGCGCCUGGGAAGAGGCGAAUCGUACGCCUGUGGGUACAAACCUUAUCGCUGCGAAAUCUGCAAUUACUCAACCGUGACCAAGGGCAAUCUGGCAAUUCAUGAGCAGUCUGACAGACAUUUGAACAACGUACAGGAAUAUGAUCAACACCAAAAACUACAAUGUGUUCACAAACCCAGUGAACAGGAUAGCGUAAACUCAUCAGUUAGCCAUCCACCAGCAUCAGCAAAUCAGAGUUCACCUCCCACUAUGAGCUUAUUCCCCCAGACCUAUCUUGCCUUCCUUGAAGUCUUCAGCCAGAAAGGUGGCACUUGCCCAAUGGACGACUUCAGUACCGACCUUCUCGAAGUGGCUGACCACACUUUCUUCUGUCAGAUCUGUGGUGUCUUUGGAACAGACAGUGUAGAGGAGCUGAUCAGUCACGCAGAGCAGAACCGCAUCCCCAAAAAUCUUGAUUUGGCCAAUCAACAGCUGACCACUCACACAUCGGGAGCCUGGCACUGCAAUCUAUGCUCAUAUAGGAGUCCUCUGAAGGCAAAUUUUCAGCUCCACUGCAAAACAGAGAAGCACGCACAGCGGCUGAGCCUCCUCCUACAUGUGUGGGAGGGCAAGGAAGGAAGACUGGGUGCAUCCCUCCCCACCAAUGACCUCCUUCUCUCUUCCACUUCAAAGAAUAGCGUGUACUGCCAGCUACGCUGUCUACCCUGUGGUUUCUUUACGUGCUCUGUGCACAAAAUGCGCGUUCAUUGUCAGACGCCAAUGCACGGUUUUCUCGCAAGCGCCUUUGGCGCUGUAGUCAGGAGACGGAGUCAGUUGAAGUUGUCACUUAUGACGGCUUCUGAUGGAGGGAGUGUCAUGAACGGUGCGCGAGUGAUUUAUGCGUGUCGCAAAUGUGAGAUGACCUUCACUUCUUUGACGGGACUAAUGCAGCACUUUCAGUCAGCGGACUUUCACGAGACAGUGUCGAAAAAGUUUAAUCUACGGCGAUUCAAUUCGAUAGUGUUAAACACCUCACUGGAUGACGAAGGAAGCAGGAUUCGGAGACAUUCGGCUCCACCGACAAUCAAUGCUGAAUUCUCGUCCACUUCUGAUCAAAGCAGAAAAAGGAGCAUUGAAUACGACAACGGUGGCAACGUGUCAGCUAUGAAUGAUGCUCAAAUGCCGCAGUCACUACUAGCCGGUGCAACUUGUCAGACCCUGACAGAUGGCGAGAACGCGCACUGCAGGAUGCACAUCACUACCAGCCCACUAUCCUCGUGGUUGAACUGCGUCAAUUUGCAAAACUCUGAACUGCUUCAAGGACUCGCGAGGUUCAUUGAUGAACAGAAGGAGCAAACUAGUGCUCCACAAACAUGCGAUAGCCUCUUUGCUUGGUUUGGUGCAGACAAUACUCUCUGCUCUUUCCUAAUAAGUUGGCUAAGGCAUCAGUUUCCUCAAAUGGAUGGCAAUAUGUCUGAUGAAUUUGUUGCUUUUAUUCUUGAACUCAUCGCGCAGCAGCCUAAUGUUUUGGGACGGUUUCUGGAUUUGCGAGAGCUACAGCAGCGGCAAGCGUUCAGCACCUGCCAUCAGUGUUCCCCCCCGCGAUCGUUUCUACUUCCCUCAUCCACGAGUCUUCACUUCAACAUUCACCAUAACGAUGAAUUACCCGCCUUAGUUCUCGAGGCUGUUAAGAAGAUGGAAAACACGGUAAUAGAGGUUGUUCGCGCCCUUCAACCACAACAAUUUCAACUGCCGCUGAUGAAAGGUGGGCGCACUCGAUUAUCAGUAAAUCAUUUGGAAGUCUUCCGAUCCAGUUUCUGUAGCUCAAAUCAAAUAACUGAAGCAACGAUUGCAGAGAUUUGCAAGAAGACAGGAUUGGAAGAAAAAGCUGUAAAACACUGGUUUCGUGGCACGCUGUUCAAGGGGCGACAGAGAUUCAAGGAAGAUUCUUCUAAUUUAGACAUUCCUCAACCUCCCAUUAAUCAAGCAUCCGCCACUGAACACUCAGACGAGGUGCGAUCGGUGGGACGUAGCACGAAACCAACAUCUACAAAGCGAUUCAGAACACCCAUUUCGUCAAUCCAGCAGGCUGUACUUUUGCAAUACUUCCAGGCUGAUCAAAAUCCUAGCAGAAGACAAAUGGACAUCAUAUCAAGCGAAGUUAAUUUACCAAAACGCGUUGUACAGGUAUGGUUCCAGAACGCCAGAUCCAGGGAGCGUCGAAUGUUUAUCAAGGAAGCUUCCGCUCAAGAGUCACCGUUUAACGAGCUGAAGUGCUUGGUUUCAGGUGCAAAUUCCACAAACACUUUGCCUGAGCAGACACCCGUAGAUAAGCUGCAACAGAUUUUCAACCAAAUCCUUACUCAGAUGCCUCCUCUGGGUAUUAUACAGCCGCCUGCAUCAGCACCUAUACAACCACCAGUAACGUCAAUACCCCAACAGCUACCAUCACAGUCUUCCGAAAACUACGAAAUGGAUUCUCCUCUUGACCUAUCCACUGUUUCUUACAGAUCCAAUGACUAUCAAUCAUCCACCUUACAAAAUCUCAGCCCUCAUGCGGGUAGUGCGGCUAGUGCCAAUGAGACAAGGUCGGAUAGCUUUUGCCGACGAAACCGCACAAGCAUUAGCUCAACUCAGGCGCGAUUCAUGCAGUGGUUUUUCCAACACCACAAGACUCCGACUAUCUGUGAGUGUGAAAACAUUGGCCGUGCAAUCGGUCUCAGCAGACGAGUUGUACAAGUGUGGUUUCAAAAUCAGCGUGCCAAGAAGAAGAAGUUGGCACGUUCAACGGCCAUCUGCAGCGAGGCCUCAUUUCACCAACCAGAAAGCGAAUCACAGUUUCUGCUCGAGGGGAACGAAUGCAAGCUGUGUAAUGUGAAAAUUCGGCGCAUGAGUGAGGAAGACACUGCAGCGGUCACAGAACACAUUUUUUCAACGGUCCACAUCGACCGGCUCUUUGCUACUAUCUGUCAGGGCGACUUGUGGUCGGCGGCAGUUGAAAGACAGCAAAAUUGUCCACCUGAACCAAAACAUGAAUAA